CAGCCACUCAUAAAGGGUGCCCAACUACUCCCGUUCGUCCUUUCUCGGCGUCCCUCAUCUCAUCUUCACUCAACUCCCCUCUCUCAACCCACUAUGACCCGCUUCCUCCUCUCGUUCGUUUCCCUCGCCUGCCUCCUGGUCCACCUGGCUAGCGCCGCUUGUCCCAUGGCAGAGCUCGCUCGCCGAGGCAUGGCACCAGAAGAGCUCGCUCAACUCUACCACCGUGGCGAAGGCUUGAACUUGGCGCACCUCGAGCACGCUCGCGAUGGCGCGGCCAAGACGCACGACAAAGCCGAUGAGACUACGCCGCCUGCCGCUCUUGACCCCCUCUCUGGCAUCUUGUCUCCCCUCGGGCUCGGUGGGCUCCUGCCCCGGUUCUCCGACGAACACAAGCGCGACAUGAUCGAGCACGUCCUCGCUCGUCAGAACGAGCCCGACGAGCAGGUCAACAUCGACGCACCCAUCCUCACCCCAAAGGCACACAAGCGCCACGUUGAAGAGCGAGGCUUGAUCGGCGGCCUACUGGCGCCUCUGUCCGGCAUCCUGCAGGCCAUUGACAUCCCCACUCCUCAGGAGUCUGGGCUCAAGGAGAUUCCAGGCGACGACCCUAACCAUCAAUACCAGGCGCCAGGACCUACCGACGUCCGAGGCAACUGCCCGACCUUGAACACCCUAGCCAACCACGGCUACCUCUCCCGCUCCGGCAUCACGUCUCUCGCCGAAGCCGCCAACGCGGUCCAGACGGCCUUCUCCAUGUCGUUCGACAUUGCCGUCUUCCUCUCGGCUUUUGGCCUCCUGGCCGGAGGUGACCUCGUAACGGGCAAGUACUCGAUCGCGGGCAAGGACUCGCGCGUACCCAACACGCUGGGCAACUCGCUGGGAAUCGACCGUCACGGCACUUUUGAGCUGGACGCCUCCAUCAGUCGCUCUGACUACGCCUUUGGGGACAGCCACUCUUUCAACGCGACCAAGUGGGACGCCCUCGUCAACGACGCGAACAAGUACGGCGGUGGCCUCUUCACCAUCGAGGCCUUCCAGAAGAAUGCCGCCGCUCAGGCCAAGGCCUCGCGAGCCACCAACCCUCAAUACGAGAAUGGCGCAAACUUCAUCGUCAACGGUGCCACCCGCGCCCUGACGCUGCGUCCCUUGCCCAACGGUACGACGGAGAACGUCCCCGACUAUGCCAACAUCGCGCCCUUCUUCCUCAAUGAGACAUUCCCUCCCAAGUGGUACCGUCGCGCGGACUCGUACAGUCUUGCUGACCUGCUGGUGGAUGCGGCAGACAUCCUCUUGGCGGACCCGCAGCCUCUCGGCCGCAACUACGACGGGCGCUUUGUGCCCAGCAACAUCUCCCUGCCUAAGGCUCCCGCUGACGUCGGCUGUCUCGGCGUAUCUCUCCUUGCGGGCAUCAUCCCGGGCCAACUGGCAGGAGAGGCCGUCACGGCGGGCAAUGCGGUGGUGAACCAACUCAUUGUGCCCCUCUUCGGCGGGACUAAGUGCGACAUCGACAGCUACGACGCUGCAGGCGUGAACAACGUGCGCUCGAACUCGUACAACGUUACCAAUGAGGACGCGGGUAGUGGGAGCGGGGUGACUGGUCUGGGCCAGCACGAGAGGCUGGCUAAGACUAGCAGGUACACGCGUAGGGCCGUUCCUUUCGGCAGAGCGUGAGAUUGCACGCUACGCUAUCACAGAGCGGGUCGCCCCCGCGGCUACCGCUCCUCUCUGUUUAACUCUGUACACGUCAGCCUUUUACCCUGCCACCUCCCCAAGAGCUCUCCUCCUUUUUCCUAUUCCGAUUUUUGAGUGGCACCAAUGAAUUCUCUCCACCGAAGGAACAGCUCC